ACUUCGCGCCAUUUCUAGCCGUGUGUCUUUCUCGGUAUUGUUUAUGUGCAACUGUGAUCUCUACAAGUAAACGAUAAAUCAUCGGUACCGUGUUGCGUUUUUCAGAUGGGAAACUUCUCCCACAUUUCCGUGUUCAUUAAACUGAUUUAAAUAAAAUUUUCUUCCGCUGAGGCACACGCAAAAUGGUAACGAUUCAAAGCAUCAAGGAGCAAUUUGAUGAGCUGGGGGUUGAACCGUCGGAUGAGAUCGUCAGUAAAUGCAUUGAGAUUUGUCUCCGGCACGACGUCGAUGAUCCGGUGGAGUUCGUCGAACAAUGGAUGGCCUACAGUGUUUCCAAGCUGAACGGGGCCGAGCCCACCCUGGAGUAUCUGAGGGACAUGGAAUCCCACGAGUAUGCCAACAAGGUGCGCAAAGUUGCACCGGCCGCUGCGGUGAACCGGGUGCGACAGAGCACCUCAAUAGGGGGAAAGGAUUUCGGCAGAAGUAAUACCGGGACGAGCGGUUUGACGAUCUAUAGCAACAACAGCGAGGAGGUGGAUUCGGUCGAGAACGAGGUGAUGAUGUCGUACGGAUGCAUCACGCCAAAGGCUAAAAAGACGGUAUCCCGUUUACACGCCCACACUCCGGAUCGCAACAAGGCCCAAUUUUCCCCCGCUAGCUAUUCUCCGAUCUCUGCAUCGAAGAAAGCGGAUGCCGACGGGCCAAACAACUCCGGAAAUGUGGUGUACACCUUCGGUAACGCUUCGCUUCUCAAACAAACCACCUGGUCAACACGUGAUACUACCAGCUCCACUAGCGGUAAACGCCCCCUCUCAAUUGAAGUUCGCACAUUCAAGGGGACUCAGCUAACACCGGAAGAGGAUAACACCGGCAAAGAAUUGCCAAACUGUUUAGGUAACGAGUGUAAGUACAUGUACGAUUCGAGCUAUGACCGGGUGUUGAUUCUCGGGGAUAGAAUCUACGAAGGAGGCAGGGAGAUUUGCCAGGGAAUUCGCGAUCUGAGAAGACAGCGGCUUUUGAUGAAGCUGAUAGGUCUUGCUGAAGGGAACGAGGAGGACUCGAUUCCAAAGGAUGACCGAGAAGCGUGCGUGGUCGAGGAAGUGGCUAUUCAUCACGUGGAUUAUCCCAGUACCGAACUGAUAACCGUCAUGGGAAGGAUUGUCACUCACCCCGAGCGAAAAACCGAUCGCAUUGCGAUUGUCGAUUUCGAUGAAAUGACGCUACGAUACACAAAGCUAGACCUCAGCAAAGUGAAAUCAUGGUCACUAUUCCCGGGACAGACCGUUGUGUUGGAGGGUAUAAAUCCACGUGGAAAUGCAUUCGAGGUUGCAACUAUACACACCCAGAGAAAGCUUGAGAAACCGCUGAACCCCAUACAUUUGGAGAAGGGAAUCAGCAUGGUGAUUGGCAGCGCGCCGUUCACCGACAAGGACGAUUUGCUGUACGAGAAACUGUCCGAUUUGCUAGCAUACUGUAGCGAAAACAGCCCAGAUGUACUCAUUCUUACGGGCCCAUUCGGAGACGCUAGUAGCCCACUGUUCAGCACGAUCGCUGAACCUUUCGAGGAGUACUUCGAGAAGAUCAUAACCAACAUCAUGCAGUCGGUUCCUCCCAGCACCGAAGUUUUCAUCGUAUCCAAUCACGACGACAUCGUGUCGAUGUUUGUCUACCCAUCAUUCCCGCACAAAAUCAACAAAUAUUUCAAGAACCUCCACUUCUUGCCGGAUCCUUGUGUUCUAUCGAUCAAUGGGGUCGAAAUCGGCGUCACCACCGUGGACGUCAUCAAGGAUCUAGCCGAUGCGGAGCUCAGUGAGAAUCCCAUUGGUGACAAGAUAAAGCGAGCCUUCAAGUACCUGUUCUACCACAAAACGUUCUACCCGUUGAAUCCGCCGCCGGAGUACCUUCCGCUGGAUGUGGAUCUACUGAAUGAGUUUGGAAAACUGCCACGCAUCCCGAAUAUGAUGAUUUGUCCCGGUGACCUGAAGUGCUAUGUGAGGGACGUCGAUGGUUGUGUUUGUAUCAAUCCGGGACAUCUGGUAGACCAUGCGACUGGUGAGGGUACCUUUGCCCGUGUAGUUGUCUAUCCACCCGAGUCGUCGAGUAUAACGGUGUUCAAUUUCACGGUUAGCCAAGUCGUCAAAUCCUAGAUGCGGUGCACAUUUUUUUUAUGUUCUGUUUGCAAACAAUAUUAUUUUCACUUUUUUAUUAUAA